GCCGCCGGCAGCGCCGCCCGCGACAAUCCCGUCGCCAGCGCCCCCUCCCAUUGCAAGCGAGAAAAAGGCGGCGCGGGAGAGAGUCGAGAGUCAUUCGUUUGUCUCACUCCUGCGAGUGGGAAAUUUGUUGUUCCACCUUGAGUGGUGCGACGGGCGGUGGGCGGGGGCGGUGCGUUUGUUUUGAAUUUGCACGCGGUAACAACAAACUGACUCCGGAUGCAAAUCCGCAUGCACUUGCAGGUGGGGGAGAUUUUCACGGCCGCCGGACAGGCGUUCAGCAGACUGGGCGAUCUAACCAUGCAGCUGCAUCCCAAUGCGGAGUCGCCAUCCGGUUCUCAGAUCCGCCAGGCGCUGAAGAAGAAGGCCUUCGAGGACGCCGGCAUUCCCGCUAAGCAAGUGCCCGUCCAGCAGGUGCAACACGUUCUUCAGACACUACCGCAACAGCAGCCGCAGCAGCCCCUUCAGCACCCACCUCCUCAAGUAUUCAAGUCACAGCCCAUCGUGCAGCACGUACAGCUGGUGGCGCAGCCAAAGCAGAUCAUCCUGCAUCCACAGUCCACCACUACGACGGGCACGACGGUAACCGUUAAGCAGUACCAGCAGAUGCAGAAGGCUGCGGCAUUAGCGGCAGCCCAGGCUGCGUCCUCGACGGCCAACAACACGCCCACCAUCACGGAGAACAUCAUUAUCCAGCAGCCCACUUCGACUACAGCGACAGUGGUGCAGCAGCCUCAUGUGGUGUCCACCUGCUCGUCGACGCAGAUCGUGGUGCCCGUAGUGUCGGCAGUGUCCACUGCUUCAACCGUACUCUCGCCCACGGUGGUGAUUGCCGACGAUGUGGUGAGCACCUCCAAUCCUCCAGCGGCAGCGGCGACGGCAGGAUCGCCAGCUGGGGCGCCAGCAGGCUUGAAGUGCGGACCAGACGUGUCCAUGACCCUCAAUCGCAUCAAUGUCCAGGAGAACGAAGUGGACGUGGAGGAGUGCCUGCCUGCCGAGGUGGUCAAGCUGGACUUCGUCAGCGAGGAGGUGGCCGGGUGAGGUUCGAGCCCUCGGAACGGGCUGGACUUCUUCUACUAGAUCUCCGGCCGCAGAACGAAUCACGUAACUUGGAACAGAACCGCUACAAAUCUAGAUCGAGAACUCUUAAACAAAAAGGUUGAGAUGCCGCCCUAGCCCUAAGCCUAAACUGUUAAGUGUUGUCAUAUUUGAUAUACCCUGAAAUCACCUUGUUCCCGGCCCCGAAUGACAAAUGAAUUGUGCGAUGUGGAGGAGGAGUCUGUGGAUCGCCAGCCACAGAGCGUAGAUAUUAAUUGCGGAGCGUGUAUGCCGCGCCUAGACUUAAAUUUACGCAAGACACAAUAGUGCAAAGUACAUAACGACGAUCGUGUAAGUUGAGAGUGAAUAAACGAGCAUUAUUUUAAGAUA